AGGCGGAAGUCGUAUAAAGUAAAACACCCGGACAUUUCCUGUCAACAAAGCCGAAGAAAGUCGGGGUGUAACAUGGAGGACUGGAACCCGAUCGCGAAGGUGUACGAGCCGCUAAAAGCCGGGAGCAUCGACGGUACCGACGUGGAACCGCACGACCGAGCGGUGUGGCGGGCCAUGUGCGCCCGCUACAAGCCCAACAAAGGCGUGGUGGGAGACCCGCUGCUGACGCUCUUUGUGUCCCGACUCAACCCGCAGACCACGGAGGACAAACUCCAGCAAGUCUUCUCCAAGUUCGGGGACAUCAAGCGGCUGCGGCUGCUGCGGGACAUCGUCACCGGCUUCUCCAAGCGCUACGCCUUCAUCGAGUACAAGGAGGAGCGCGCGGUGCUUCGAGCCCGCCGGGACGCCAACAAGCUGCUGGUGGACCAGCACGAAGUCUUCGUGGACUUCGAACUGGAGAGGACCCUGAAAGGCUGGGUCCCCAGGCGGCUCGGCGGCGGCCAGGGCGGGAAGAAGGAGUCCGGCCAGCUGAGGUUCGGCGGCCGGGACCGACCCUUCCGCAAGCCCAUCAACCUGGGGACCGGCGGGCCGCCGCAGGAGCGAUGGGCCGGCGGGCGGAAGGAGUGGGAGCGGCCUGGGGCCGGCGGAGGUCGAGACUACGGUAGGGACAACCGGGACAACCGGGACCGGAGCAGGGGGAGGGACGACUCCUGGUACCAGGAGAGGAGCAGGCACGGAAGCCGGAGAUGAACCCUUUGAAGUGCCUUAUGUACAAGUCCAUUUCCUACCGCUUGUCCCUCUCGGACAUGAAGUACAGUAUUUGGGGUCUAUUUUUCACAAUCCUUAUGCAAGACAAGAACAUAUAUGCGUUUAUUUAUAGAUUCUUACUCUUUUAUUCAGUCUUGUAAAUAAAAGUCAGCCAACAAUGGAGGUAAUUUAUUAUCUAUUUCGCCAAUAAAGCAAACAAAAAAACACCCAGAAGCCUCCUUCGAAUCUGUAUAUAGUGAAGUUAAUUAUAUUUAUAUAGCGCUUUUCUCUAGUGACUCAAAGAGACUACGGUAGGGACAACCUGGACUGAAGCAGGGGGAGGAAUGACUUCUGCUCCCAGUCUGUGGAACGCUCUCCCUGACCACCUGAGGGCACCACAGACUGUGGAUGCUUUUAAAAAAGGCUUAA